CUCAGGGUGAGGAGUUCCGGCCCGCGGUGGGCGUGGGGACGACUUCGGGCACCCGAGCACCUGCGGGUGGGCCGUGCCCUGCUCUUCGGACCUCCGCAGCUUCCCAGCCUUCUGCUGCACCCCUCAACUGCUCCUUGGGCGCUCUCGGGACUCAGGAAGCCCCUGGCGCUCCCUGCCCUCUGCAGCAGCCUCCCCGUGCUCCUCGGGCCACCUGGUAGGGGGCAUUCGUGGAGGUCAGCUGCGGUCACACGUCCCUCUGUCCCCGUCGGGAUGACCUCAGGAGGUCGCGGGGAAGGCUGGCUGUCCAGCCGGGCCAGAGGGCCUGCACCCCGGGGCGGCCAAGCGGUCCUGGCCCAGGUGGCUCCCUCGUGUUACCCGCAUCAGGUCCCCGGGACCUCUUGGCCUGUAUGUUUCGGAGCCUGCUGGGCACCGCCGUGACGCCAGCUGCCCCCGGGUCACCCCAGCCCAGCCCGAGUCAAAAGGUCACGUCCGUGCCUGUGGCCUCUGAGCCUCCUGGGCGCCCCCCACCGUGGGAGGGGAGGCGGGUGUCCGCGGGCCCAGCACCGGGGCCACCCACGUGCGCACGUGAGCUCCCGGGAGGGUGUGGGGUGGGGCCGGGAGUCGCCCCCCCAGCGGAGGGGCCACGUGAGCGAGCGAGCGGCCGCUGUCCCCGGGCUACGUGCGGCAGCUGUGUUCCGGCGCCGCGUGCGCCCGCUCCUGCAGCUCCUGCAACCUGCUGGCGGCGGAGGGGAGGAGGGGCGGCGGGGGAGGGAGCCCGCGGCCCUGCCGGUCCCCCGCGCCCUGCAAGAUGGCGACAGCACCCGCCACCGCCGCGACCCGGGCCGCCGGCCGGGCCCUUCCCUGGACCUGUCCCCCGCCCCCCGGAUUGUUCCAGGGAAGGCGCGCGCGCGCGCGCGCUCCCGAGGUCUCGCGCACAGUCGUGUGAGCGCCCCUGCCCCCCUCCCCCUGCAGGCGAACGGCCCUUUGCCUGCGACUGGCCGGGCUGCGACAAGAAGUUCGCGCGCUCCGACGAGCUGGCGCGCCACCACCGGACCCACACCGGCGAGAAGCGCUUCCCCUGCCCGCUCUGCUCCAAGCGCUUCACCCGCAGCGACCACCUGACCAAGCACGCGCGCCGCCACCCCGGCUUCCGGCCCGACCUGCUCCGCCGCCCCGGCGCCCGCAGCACCUCGCCCAGCGACUCGCUGCCCUGCAGCCUGGCCGGCAGCCCCGCGCCCAGCCCCGCGCCCAGCCCCGCGCCCUCCGGCCUGUAGGGCCCUGGCCCAGCCCUCCCUGCCGCACCCCUGCUGGGCCUGGGCCCCGAGCACCAGCAAAACGCCCGCUGGCCACAGCCAGGGGCCGGCCACGGCCGCACUGGACCGCAGGUGGCCCGGGAGGGGGGCGCCGGUCUGUAAAUAGCCGUGUUGGAUAACUCUUCCUCUGUGUUAACCAGGAACCCCGGGGGCGGCCAGCAGGCGCUCCCCUCCCCCCCGCCGCCACCGCCCAGCCUCGGAGAGGGUGGGUGUGGGGGGGCGCGGCCCAGGAGGGGUGCACCUAAGCAGUGCUCAGACUUGGCCCCCUAGCCCCCCCCUCCAGGUAGGGACGACGUGUUCAAAGAGCCAUAGGUGAACCAGGGGUCACCGCGGCCCCCCACCCCCACCCCACUGAAAGCCAUUGGAGAUGUUCAGGGAUCCGGGGUGCGGCUCCGGCCGCCCCCAUCCGGGUACUCAAUCUCAGGUGUCCACAGGUUCUCCCCUGCCACCCAGCUCCCCGGCAGGGGGCGGGAGGGCAGC